CUUGUUUGGUGGUGAAAUCUUUCUUUUAUAUUAUUCCGAGCAAUCGAAGGCUGAGAAAGUUCUAAACACUUUGUCGUGCACUUCCGAUCUUGAUUUCUAAAGGACUUACUGGAUUGUGGUCGCUUGCUGUUAGCUUCACAUCUUCAAGAUGGCAGAAACAGAAGUAAAAACAGAAGGUGGUGGAGCACCCUCUGCUUUGGAGAAAAAGGUUGCAAGACAAGUUGAGUACUACUUUGGAGAUGCCAACCUGAAGAGAGAUACCUUCCUGCAGCUACAGAUCAGAGAAGACAAUGGCUGGGUUGCACUUGAGACCAUGAUCAAGUUCAACAGACUGAAGAGUCUGACCACAGACUUUGAUAUCAUCGUUGCAGCUCUUGAAAAAUCCCCUUCUGGUCUAAUGGAGAUAAGUGAAGAUAAAUUGAAGAUCCGAAGAGCAGUGAGCAAGCCACUACCUGAAGAAACCGCUGCAUACUGGCAGUCUAUGAGAGCAAGGAGUGUCUACUGCAAAGGAUUUCCCAUUGACGCUAAUCUGGACACGAUGCAAGAGUUCAUGGAUCAGUUUGGAGAGUGCGUUCACAUCCAGCUCAGGAGAGACAAGGAGAAGAAGUUCAAGGGUUCUAUCUUUGCAGUGUAUGAGUCCGUGGAGUCAGUCAAGAGGUUCCUGGACGCAGAAGACCUCAAGAUUGGUGACCAGGAGGUGAACAAAAUGAAAAAGGAUGAUUACAUCAAGAUGAAGGCUGAUGAAAAGAAGUCAAGAAAGGAGGAUGAAAAGAAGAAGAAAUUAGAGCAAAGAGAGCAGAAGGAAAAGGACCAAGUGGAAGCAAUACAGAGUGAGUUUGAUGACUAUGAGAAGGGUUGUAUCCUUCACUUCACCGGUGUCAACGACCAGACUUCAAGAGAGGACCUCAAGGAACUCUUUGGUGAUCAUGGAACUAUCCAGUGGGUCGACUUUGAGAGAGGUCAGACAGAGGGCACUAUCCGCUUCAGUGAGGACACCAAAGCACAAGAGACUCUGGACAAGAUUAAAGCAGCAACAGAGGGCGCCAUUCAAGUCCGAGGCUGUGAGCUCACACUGCGUGUCCUUGAAGGGGAAGAGGAGGAGCACCAUUGGAUGAAGGUGUUUGAGGAUAAAUCAAGGGCAAGGCUUAAGAAGCAACAAGGGAGGAGAGGAAGGAAGACGAAAUGGUUUGAGAAGCGAGAUAACCGACGUGGAGAUCGAGGAGGAGACAGGGAUCGUGGAGAUAGGGAUAGAGAAGACAGAUAUCAGGGCAAGAAGACAAAGUUUGAGGACGAUGAUGAAGGAGGAAAUGGAGCCUCAGAAGCUGUGAAACCAGAGCAGGGAGUCAAGCGACCGGCUGAUGAUGGUGAUGCAGGAAAGCCCUCACCGAAGAAGGAGAAAACGGAGGAUUCUUAACCGUUUCCAAUCUGAAUAGUUAAAAUCUAGUUGGACUUAAGUUUCAUGGACACUCUUUUGCUGCCGAUUGCCAAAUGACCCUCUGUUACUCUUGGCUCUUGGAUUAUGUGUACAACUUGAAUUUGGAAGAGUAGACUUAGCUUGGAAUGCAUCAUGAUAAAACUUCAGGGCUCAACGUUCAACAAAUUGGAAACCCGUUUUUCUGAAUGCACUGCUGAUACAACUUAUCUAUCGUGGUACAGUAAAGCCUGCAUUAGAAAGACCACAUCUUAUGUUUCCCUAGAAAAAAAAAUUCUCUGUGUCGUUGUGUCACAUUUUGUUAGAAUUGGAAGGAACAGCAGCAAACAAAAAUUCAUAAAAAAUUGAGUUAAUGGGGGCUAAUCACUAAUCAUUCUGUCUCCUUGUUAACAGUUGGACUGUCUGGUGUAGAUAUUUGCGGAUGAUUUUAUGUUUUUGAACUAUUGUAAAAUCUUACUUUUAUUGUGAUUGGCCCAUCAAAGAAUUAAAUUUAUCAUUUUCUUUUCAAUGUGGUAAAUGUUUUAUUCCUUAGUCAAAUGUGUAGAAAACAAAUUACUCACAUUGUAUAUUAUACAUGACUUUCUUGUUUUUAAAACAAUAUUUGAUGUCUCUAGUGCUCUUUCUUUCUAUGUUUGUUAAAAGAGCAACAUCAAAAAAAUGUUAAGUUUUAUAUGAUUUCUGACUUCUUUGAACAUGUGUGUAUGUACUAGAGUUGAGGUUUUAUAAGUUAAUCAUGUACAGUCAAAAUUCAUAUUUCAAGAAAAAGACAAAUUUAUAUUCUCACUUUGGAAAGUAUCUAUUUGUGCACAUACACAUGUACAGUACUUGUUUCAGUGUCAUGUACAUAGUAAGCUUUCUAUCUAAAAAUACCGAAAUAGAUACCAGGAUUAGAGAUGUUUAGCGAGGGUUUGGGCUCAAAACUGAAGCUAAAUUUAAGCCCUAAAAAUUAUCUUUUCCUGUAAUUUUUGUGGUUGAUAUUUUGUGUACCAGUACAUGCUAAUGUUCCCAAGAAUAAUUUCACAACUUUUUAAAAGACAUCGAUUAUGACUGUCAAAUGAACAGUGUUGCUAUGGAAAGUGAUUUUUUAUAAUAAAUGUAAAAUUCACAAUU